AUGAUAACUUAAACAUCAAAUAGUGAUGAGUAGGGUGCUUCUCAUAGUGAGGUUAAUCCCUCUAAACUUAGCCAAGAUGCCAAUAAUUAAGGAAAAAAUUCUGAAGAAUCUACAGCAGAAAUCAUGAAUUAAUAUAACGUUACAAUGAUAAGAUGUCAACAAUGUUAACGUGAAUAACCACCAUCUAAUAAAUGUAUAUAAUGUGGAAUUCAAUUUGCUUAAAAUAUUUCCCCCGCUUGUUUACAAAAUCAGAAAAAUGUACCCAAAGUUGAGCAGCAAACAGUGCCCUAGUAGCUUAAUUUGAAUAACAAUUCAGCUUUUAGAUUGUACUUCUUAAAAGGUUGUGAUAAUCGUUAGCUCAACUUAUCAUAGUAGAAGGAAUUUCUCAAUUAUGUUAAAAUCGAUCCUUAUGGCCACUCCUUUAUGAUAUAUAAUUCAAAUGAACUUAAAAAUAAGGUAAAUUAAUGGAAAUAAGCUCUUCCAUGGAUUACACCAUACUAUGCAAUUAAGAGCAACCCGAUAGACCCUAUAUUAAAAGUUAUCGUUGAUGGUCCUUAUGGAACAUUUGACUGUGCUUCUAAAGGAGAAAUCUCAACGGUGAUCAAGUCUGGAGUUCCUGGUUCAAAAAUUGUUUAUAGUAAUCCAGUAAAGGAGGAAAAAGAUAUUUAAUACGCCAAGAGCAUGGGAGUCGAAAUAACAAGUGCUGACACCAUCGAUGAACUCAUCAAGAUCCAAAAGAUAGCACCAGAAAUGAAGAUACUAUGGAGAAUAUCUAUUGUUGAAGAAAACCCAGAAUAAAUGGCGACCGUUUUUUCUGGCAAAUUUGGGGAUGAUAUACCAGAUUUAGAUGCUGCUCAUAAAAGGUUUUAGUAAAUUCAACAAAUGGGAAUUCAAUUGCAUGGUAUUCAUUUCCAUUGUGGAAGUGCUGUUUAAGGAUCAUCCUCUUUUGGAAAAGCUAUUGAUUUGGCCAAAGAAUGUAUGAAAAUAGGCAGAUUGUAUGGACAUAAGAUGAUAUUGUUAGAUGUAGGAGGUGGAUUUCCUACUGGUAAUAUUCAAGAAAAUAUCAUUAAUGCAUUGAAAAAAACUGAAAACGAUCCUUUAGGAUAUGAAGUGAUUGCAGAACCUGGAAGACAUUUUAGUGCUAACACAUGUUAUCUUUUAUUUAGAAUUAUGACUAAAAGAAUUAAACAUGGGAGAUUGUGUUACCAUGUAAAUGAAUCUUUAUAUCAUUCUUUCAAUUGUGUUCUUAUGGAUGGUAUCACAUUUGAAAAUGAAAAUGAUUAAUUGUAUAGUGUUUUCAACUCAGAUGGGUCCUAAAAUACUUAAAAUUCAGAUCACUCUAAUGUUUCAAUUUUCGGAAUGACAUGUGAUGGCCAUGAUGCUCUUGCUAAGAAUAUUACUUUACCUAGUGAUAUGUAGGUUGGAGAUUGGCUUUGUAUGUCAGGUAUGGGAAGCUACACCAUUGGACCAAAAUCCAGAUUCAACGGAAUGAAAUCAACAUCCAAAAUCUAUCAAUGGAGUAGUUAAAUUGAAGAAUAAAUUUGA